AUGUCUACCUUUGGGAAACUCAAGCGGGUUUUCACCAGUCAAAGCAGCCAAGCAGACUCUGUCAGCGCUCGAUACGACGCACUUAGAUCCGUAGACGUCCCCGUGACGGACGAUGACUGUCGUUUCUGCCCAGACCCGUGCGAUCAAGCAGACCAUGACGACUUCACUAAAAUGAGCAUCGACACGGAGACCGACUUGCUUGGGUCGGUGAAGCCAUAUAGACGCCAGGUCGUUAUUUCAACCGGAAAAUCAGACUGGCACCAGGAAGUAACUGAAGCCGAUGGCACCCUCGCAGCCUUCCUAUGCAGUGUGAACGAGCGACGCUCUGCCAAAUCCGAUAACAUAGGGAAAUCUGCCCCCAAGGGCAACAAAUCUCUUCUAUCCGGCCUCUUCACGCAAGAUACCAGCAACCGCCUUUCCAUCCUCAACGGAAGCCACCACUCCCUGUCUUUACAUCAUGACUCCACCUCAAAACUCGAGACGGUCAUUAUUUUGCCCGAUUACAAGGUCAUUACAGACGUCCCCCGGUCCCUAGAAGGCGCGGAAACGCUGUGGAAAAGCGCAAUAGAUCCCGCUUACGGGAGGACCGGUUCCCCGGAGAGAUCGGAUACCCUCAAGUCGUGGGUUCUACCUUACUCAUGCUUAAUCUUGCUCUGCUCGCACAAAAGGCGAGACAAGCGUUGCGCAAUCGCAGCCCCAGUUCUUGAGAAGACGUUUACUCAGUCCCUCGAACGGGAAGGUUGGGAAGUGCACACUGACCUGGAAGAUCUGUCUAAUGAGCCAACACUGGAACAUCUACUCGGCGUGGGCAACGCCGAUGGUGCGGACCCGGAGACUGUGUAUCAGUCACAGCUUACAGCUCUUCCCGGGCAACAUAGAGCGCUUAUACUGCGCAAUUCUCACAUCGGUGGUCACAAGUUCGCGGGCAACGUCAUCAUACACACGCCGGCAGGUGCGAGUGUGUGGUAUGGGCGAGUGACGGCCCACCACGUCGAGUCUAUCGUCAGAAACACCAUAAUCGGCGGCUGUGUGCUCCCGCCCAUACUUCGAGGUGGCCUAAAUUUAGCAAGGCCAGGAUGUGCGACGCUCUAUGACUGGUGA